CGCUGUGAAUGUCUUUUCGCAUACGUCAUUUAUGACGUAAGGCAUCCCGGAAGUGUGCGACGUCCCUACAAGGGUUAGGAAUGGCCGACCCGGGCGGGUGUGCGAAUCCGGUGGCCCGAACGGUUCUGCAACAAUGUUUGGAGGCGAGGUUGCAGGUCAAAGCGCCGGACGAGGACCAAGAAGCGCAAUGGGUUCAGAUCGAGAGAGGCAUGGUGGUCUACGUUUGCUUUUUGAAGGGCGCGACAGAAGACAUCCUGCCCAAGAUGGUUUCCACGCUCCUGAACGUGCGUCUGUGCGAGUCUUCGGCCGGCGGGACGGUUUCCUUGCUGGAUCUUCCGGGGAGCCUCCUGGUGGUCCCCCAGGCCACGCUGGGGGGCAAAGCCAAGGGCCGGGUCAUGCAGUACCACAACAACGUGGCCAAGGAGGACGGACUGCGACUGUACACCCGCUUCGUGGAGCUGUGCCGGCAGGAAGUGACGGCGGCCGGCGCCGGCGUGCGGCACGGCACCUACGGGAACAGGCAGGUCCUGCACGUCAAAACCAACGGACCCUGCACGCACCUGGUGGAAUUCUGACGUCUCACCAUUAAAAGUACGCAAAGAAAA